GACAGCACUCUACUGCAUGGUCAUUGUAGCCAUCAUCUAGUCCAAACGAAGAUGAUUCAGAGGGUAGCCCUAAUCACAUUGCUGCUCUGCUUUGCAGGCAGUGUAUGGUCUGAAGAAGAAGGUGGCAUUGAAGCACAAGGAGGAAGCAUACGUGGUCCUAGAAUAAUGGAAGCUAAAGCUGAAUCUGAUUGCAAACAAGACAAAAACUGGCCAAUCUGUUCAGAUGAAGACUGGGGUCCCAAAUGUCCUUCUGGGUGCAGACUUCAAGGAUUGGUUGAUAAAACCGAUAAAGAUUUUGCCAAGAGAGUUGAAACAAUUAAACAAAAACUAAAGGAUGGAGAAAGCAGUCACAAAAGUAUAGAUCUGAAAACCAAGCAAACAUAUCAGUUCCUCAAGGAUAACCUUGUACAGGCCCAGCAAAGCGAUGGAAAGUAUAAUCAAGUGUCUGAAGACCUCAGAAAGAAAAUCGAAUAUUUGAAGCUGAAAGUUUCCAAUCAAGUAGAGAGAAUAAAAGCACUUCAGAAAAACAUCAGAGAUCAGGUGGUGGAAAUGAAACGUCUUGAGGUGGAUAUUGAUAUAAAAAUCCGUGCUUGCAAAGGAUCUUGUGCAAAGAACACUGACUACAAAGUGGACCAUGACAGCUACAACAACAUACAGAAACUACUUUUGCAAGCUGAAACCACUGACUUAAAUAGCCAAAUGAAUGCCAUACGAGUGCUUAAAAUGAGGCCUAUUAAGGACUCUCCUGUAGACUCUCGUUAUAGAACACUGGCACUUGGCAAAGACCAAGAAGCAGAGUUCCCAAUUUUCAAAGACAUUAAUCAAUAUGCAUUUGUUUUAGAAGGGACAAAAGACGAGGUAAAAGGCUCAUCUAUGGGAACCUCAUCUGUUGUAUUUCCUUCCGGCAGUGGGAAAGAUGUAGUAUUUCAAGGUUCUAAAAUUUAUGGCGAUGACAAAAGUACACAGUCAGGGACAGUGACAGGGGGAGAUCAGUCAACCAAAGUCAUCACAGAAAGAACAGUUUCAUGCACUAAGACAGUUAAGAGGAGGGUAGUAUCCACACCAGAGGGCCCUAAAGAAGAAAUCACUGAAACAUAUAGUGGUGGUCCGGAGUGUGAAAAAUUAGGAAAAUUAAGCACAGAUGACACUUUUCAAGGAGGGUCUGAUGGAACUCGUGUUAUCCACAUUUCUGGAGGUAGUUCUUUAGGGGAUAUCAGUAAGAUUCCUUCCUUUGAAGAGUUUUUAAGUUCAUCUGGGAAAAAAACACAAACCAGCCAAACCAGUAGCAGUAGCAGUAGUAGUUCUAAGGUAACUCAUGAUGUUUUCACUGAUUUGGGAGAAGAUGAAUUUGAUGACUUUAGCCAUACAGGACUUGAUUCACCCAGCUUUACACCCCUCCAAAAAGAAGGCUCGUCAACCAUUACAAAGACUGUGGUCUCCAGCAGCAGCAGCAGCAGGGGAAGCAGUAAAGAUGGCACUCAGUUUGAUAUUAAAUCUAUGAAGAGUGGGCCAGUGUUUACCGACUUUGGCCCUAUCCAGCACGAUAAUAGUGAAGAGGAUAGGCCUGAUUUCCAGGCCCGCACUGUGAGAAAAGAAAUGAAGUUGGUUGGAGAUUACACUGGGAAAGACUGUGAUGAUAUCCGUCAAAAACACAGUUCUGGUGCCAAAAGUGGCAUUUUCAAAAUCAGGCCAGAAGGAUCCACUAAGGUGCUAUCAGUGUAUUGCGACCAAGAUACCCAGUUGGGAGGAUGGAUCUUGAUUCAACAGAGACAAGACGGAUCAGUAAAUUUUAACAGGACCUGGCAAGACUACAAGAAUGGAUUUGGCAGUGUGGAUGCCGGUGGAAAAGGAGAAGUCUGGUUGGGCAAUGAAAAUAUUCAUUUACUUACCCAAAAGGAUACAAUUCUUCGAAUUGAGUUAGAGGACUGGUCAGGGGAGAAGGUUUAUGCCGAAUACAAUAUUCAGCUAGGGUCAGAAGCAGAGGGCUUUACUCUUAAAGUAUCUCAGUAUGAAGGCACGGCUGGAGAUGCCUUGAUAGAAGGAUCUAAAGAGGAUGGAGAGUACACAUCCCACAUUAACAUGAAAUUUAGCACAUAUGAUAGGGACAGUGACAAGUGGGAGGAAAAUUGUGCAGAAAUGUAUGGAGGGGGGUGGUGGUAUAAUAACUGCCAAGCUUCAAACCUUAAUGGAAUUUAUUACAUAGGAGGUCAAUAUGACCCAAGAAAUAAUUUUCCUUAUGAGAUUGAAAAUGGAGUUGUUUGGGUACCUUUCAAAGCAGCAGAUUAUUCCCUUAAAACUGUCAGAAUGAAAAUGAGACCAGUUGAAACAUCAGGUUAAGAUAUUUUCUCACAACCCCGCACUCUCAUGAAAAGUUUAAUGUAUUAUUAUGUGUUUUUAUUUCCUGGUGUAAUAUACUUUCCAAUUGUAAUCAUGAACCAACUAAAUAACUCAUUUAUAUCUAA